GCUUGCGCUUCGAUUCAGAAACAAGCGCCGCGCUUUAGGAAACAUGGCAGCUCAGAUGUCAACCACGAAGGUCCCAGAGGUGCGUGACCUCACCAGGAUAGAGAGAAUAGGUGCACACUCACACAUCCGAGGACUUGGACUGGAUGAUGCUUUGGAACCACGACAGGUGUCUCAGGGCAUGGUGGGUCAGCUGGCAGCUCGGCGGGCAGCUGGUUUGAUCUUGGAGAUUAUUAAAGAUGGGCAUAUAGCUGGGCGUGCGGUGCUUAUUGCUGGCCAACCUGGGACAGGCAAAACUGCCAUUGCUAUGGGUAUCGCUCAGUCACUUGGUCCUGAUACACCAUUCACUGCUCUGGCUGGAAGUGAGAUCUUUUCAUUAGAGAUGAGCAAGACCGAGGCUCUCAGCCAGGCUUUCCGCAAAGCCAUUGGAGUUCGAAUCAAAGAGGAAACAGAGAUUAUUGAGGGAGAGGUGGUGGAGAUUCAGAUCGACAGACCUGCCACAGGAACGGGUGCAAAAGUGGGCAAGCUGACUCUGAAGACGACAGAAAUGGAGACCAUCUAUGAUCUGGGCAAUAAAAUGAUUGAAAGCCUCACUAAAGAGAAGGUUCAAGCUGGGGACGUGAUCACUAUUGAUAAAGCCACAGGGAAGAUCAGCAAGCUUGGCCGGUCUUUUACCAGAGCUCGUGAUUAUGAUGCCAUGGGGGCGCAGACACAGUUUGUGCAGUGUCCAGAGGGGGAGUUGCAGAAACGUAAGGAGGUCGUUCACACCGUCUCACUUCACGAGAUUGACGUGAUCAACAGUCGCACGCAGGGUUUCCUGGCUCUGUUCUCAGGAGACACAGGAGAGAUUAAGUCAGAGGUGCGAGAGCAGAUCAAUGCCAAAGUUUCGGAGUGGAGAGAGGAGGGAAAGGCAGAGAUCAUUCCUGGGGUCCUGUUUAUAGAUGAAGUCCACAUGUUGGACAUUGAAUGUUUCUCGUUCCUAAACCGAGCCUUGGAAAGUGAUCUUUCACCUGUCCUCAUCAUGGCCACCAACCGCGGCAUCACAAGAAUCAGAGGCACCAACUACAAGAGUCCUCAUGGUAUUCCUAUAGACAUGCUGGAUCGACUGCUGAUCAUUGCUACGUCUCCCUACACUGAGAAGGAAACCAGGCAGAUCCUCAAGAUCCGAUGUGAGGAAGAGGAUGUGGAGCUGAGUGAGGAAGCCCAUACGGUGCUGACUCGUAUAGGUCAAGAGACAUCGCUCCGCUACGCCAUCCAGCUCAUCAGCACUGCCGGCCUGGUGUGCCGCAAACGCAGGGGCACUGAGGUCCAGGUGGAGGACAUUAAACGUGUGUAUUCUCUCUUCCUGGAUGAGUCUCGCUCAUCACAAUACAUGAAGGAGUACCAGGACUCCUUCCUUUUCAAUGAUACACAAUCGAUUCAGAUGGAAACGUCCUAAGAAAAGAGAGAUGAUCAGCUUUGUGUUGUGCUACAUACCUGUGAUGUUUCCUUAAUUCUUGUGAACUGAGUCUUUAUGACUGAAGUGCAUUCCCUCUCUAUGUCGCGAUACUUUUGUGCAUUCAUGCAUAUUGUUUAUUUGUUAGAAAUACAUACUGUUUCCAUUUAAGGAUGUGUUCUGUGUUGGCCCUACACUUAAAUGUUUUGAGAGUUGGACUUAUCUCUCUUAUGGUGUUACUUUUGCAUAAAAACAAUAAAUCAAA